AUGGGGUACACCUCGAGCGCGGGCCUCGGCUCCGACGCGCGCGCGCAGGUCUACAGCGAAGACGUCGUCACCUACGUCGACGCGUCCGACGCCGCCGCGCACGACGCGGGCGACGGCCUCGGCGCGAUCGGACUCGUCUCGCGCGUCGCGGGCGAGUCCGACGACGACGAGAGCGAUGGAUCCGACGACGAAUGGAGCGACGACGACGCGUCGGACGACGACGACGCCUCGGACGCGGACGCCUCGGCGGAGAGCCGCGAGGCGCGGCGCGAGGCGCGGAGGACGCGCGACGUCGUCCCCGACGCGCACGCCAAGGUGUGCUGGCUCGACCUUCGCGGCGACGAGCGCGUCGUGCACGAGAAGAACGAAUCGCUGCGGGUGCUCGACCGCGCGUUCCUUCACGGCGACGUCGUCGCGCGCGCGUCCGACGCGCUCGGGCAGACCGGCGUCGUGAUUCACGUGGACGUGGACGUGGACCUGCGCUUCGUCGACGGCGCGCGCGUGCGCGACGUCGCGGCGAGGCGAAUGACGCACGUGCGAGAUCAUCGCCCGGGGCACUACGUCGUCCACGGGCGUUGGGUCGGCCGCGUCGAGGAAGACGGCAGCGAGUGCGUCGUCGCCGACGCGGACCCGGACAGGCUCAUCCCGAGCGAGAACAGCUCGCUGUUCCCGGACGAGGAGCAGUGCCCGUACUUCCCGGGUCUCGUGUGCCACGCGAGCGCGUCGGUGCUGCGAUCGGCGCGGUGGACGCGCGGGAAAUACAAAGGCGGGAGAACCGCGGGCGUCGGCGACGUCGAGGCGGAUCUCGACGCGGUGCGGGCGAGGUUCACCGAGAAGUUCCACGGCGAAGUCGACGCGAAGUUCCAUCAGUCUUCGACCUUGACGGUGGAGGAGUUGAAAGCGGCGGCGGCGACGGCCUCGUACGCGUUGACGGUUGGGCGGUUCCACGCGGACGCCGACGCACAGCAACUGCGCGACGUGCUCGAUCUGUUCGACGCGGUGAUCCCGCUUCGUGAGGAGCUGCGCGAGAUUCAGAAGCCCCCAACGCGCGAGCUCGAGAGCGCGUCGCACUCGCCCGAGGACGGCGUGUACGAGGACGGGACGGACCCGGAGGGGGUGCGGAGGAUGUAUCAGAGGUCCGGGGAGGACGCGGGGGUCGCGGCGGUGACGAGCGAGGCGAGCGGGCCGGCGGCGACGGUGAACCGGGGGCUGGCAAAGCUGAAGGCGGACGCGCGCACCGUGGCGAUCGAGGCGGAAGAUGGAACGUCAAACGACGCGAGCGGCGGCGGCGGCGGCGGCGGCGGCGGCGGCGUGACCGCCGCCGGCGGCGCAAGGAACGCCCGACGCGCGAGAGGCGGCGGGUCGAGUCGUCAACGCGGCGGCGGCGGUCGAGUCUCGCGUCACCGCGGCUCCGCCUCCGAGGUCUCCCUCGCCGACAUCGAGCGCGUCCGCCCGGUGCGCCCGUCGCCGGUCAUCACGCGCACGCACACGAAAGUCGACGUGCACUGGCAGGACGGCGCGAUCACGCGGCGGAUCAACGCGAGGGAUCUCGUGCCCAUCACGCACGGCGGCGAGCACGAUUUCUGGCCGAAUCAGUUCGUCGUCAAGGCGAGCGAGGAGGACGACGAGGACGACGACGAGGAGGAGGAAGAUGGAACGUCAACCGUCGCGCCGCCGACGGACCUCAACGCCAUCGCCGCCGCGCUCGGCGGCAGCGUCGGCGUUGGGAACCAGCACGGGAACGCCGUCGCCGCCGCGAGGGCGCGGCGAGGGAAAAAAGACGACGCGCCGAUCGGCGUCGUGGAGACGGUGAACCACGUCGAACGCAUCGCGCGCGUGCGUUGGGUCCCUCGACAGAAGAAGAGUACUACUACUCGUGGUCCUGAUUCGUCCGCGGCGGGCGACGACGAAUCAGCGAACGCCACGUCGGAGGAGACGCCCGAACGCCGAGAGGAAGUCUCCGUGUACGAGCUCCGAGAGCACAGGGAGUAUUGCUUCCGCCUCGGCGACGUCGUGUUGCGUCUGGACGCGGCCGCCGCCGCGGCGCCGCUGGCGACGCCGGCGCGUGAAGAGGACGAGUGGGAGGACGCUGACGACGACGACGACGACGCGAGCGGUUCGUCAUCCGGCGACGACGACGACGACGACGACGACGACGACGACGACGACGACGCGAGAGUUCUGAACGAGCUCGCGUCGCGCGCGGUCCCCGGGUCCCUCCCCGAGCUCGACGCCGCGCGCGAAUCGUCGUCGGGAUUCGACUCCCCCCCGGACGCAGCGUCGCUGACGUGGGUCGGCGAGAUCGUCGCGAUCCGCGACGGACGCGUCCGCGUCGCGUGGGGCUCGGGCGACGUCUCAGGCGCGUUCUAUACACUGGCCCCCUCCGCCACCGAGCACCACUUCGCCGCGAACAGCGUGAACCCUUCCGAUCGAAAGUGGGCGAAGCGCAUCACGAAAGAGUGGACGCUCUUGCGCGACGCGCUGCCUUCGACGAUUUGGGCGCGCGCGUACGAAAGCCGCAUGGACCUCCUCCGCACCGCGAUGCUCGGCCCGAGCGGGACGCCGUACCACGACAACCUGUUCUUGUUCGACUUCCACUUUGGGGAGAACUACCCGAACGACCCGCCGGUCGCGCACUAUCACUCGCACGGGUUCAGGGUCAACCCGAACCUGUACCAGUCCGGGAAGGUGUGCCUCUCGCUGUUGCACACGUGGCAAGGCAAGGGCUCGGAGGUUUGGAACGCGGAGACCUCCAACAUGCUCCAGGUCCUCGUCUCCAUCCAGGGUCUCGUGCUCGUGGAUAAGCCGUACUACAACGAGGCUGGGUACGAGGCGCAGGUGGGGAGCGAGGAGGGCGAGCGGAACGGCGCGCAGUACAACGAGCAAGCGUUUUUAGCGUCGGCGAAGAGCAUGUUGAGCCUGCUGAAGAAGCCGCCAAAACAUUUCGAGCGGCUGAUUCGCGAGCACUUCCGCGCGCGGGGUGGCGUCAUCGUGCGCGCGUGCGAGGCGUACCUCGGCGGGUGCCCGGUCGGCGCGUACGUGGACCCGGAGGACGAGAAGAAGAAGAAGGAGGAGGAGGAGGAGGAGGAGGAUGCGGAGGAAAGUCGCGGCGACGGCGGCGGCGGCGGCGAAAUCACCGAGGCGGAGGAGCCGCCCGCCGCCGAGCGCGCGCCGCCGUCCGGGGGGUUCAAGCUUCUGCUCGAGAAGCUGCUUCCGAAGCUGCGGGCGGCGUUCGAGGAGAACAGCGCUCUCGCUCGAUAGUUUGACGCGCACGAUAGUUUGACGCGCGCGAUAGAGCGAGCGGAGACGAGGGCGCGAUAGAUGUGUACGAACGUAGCGGCGGAGAGACGACGUGUGAAAGAAACUGAGAUGACUC